AUGCCUGUCCCAAUUGCUACUAACAAGGACGGCCAUGUUCCAUUAAUCGCAUCCAUUGAUGUGGGAACCACUUCUUCAAGAGUAAUUCUUUUCAAUAGGCAAGGUCAAGAAGUUUGCAAACAUCAAAUCGAAUAUUCUACAUCCGCCUCAAAAGAAAAAUAUACCUAUACUGGUAAGAGAAGAUUUUCUGAACAAAAAGAAUUACAAAACAGUAGUAGUGAAUCUUCUCUACAGAAUGGACACUCAUUAGCAGACGAUAUAAUCACUGAAGAGCCUGAAAAUGAUACUCCUAAGAGAGAGAGAUCAAGAAAUCAAUUAAAACCAAUUUUUUCUUCUGUUGGUAUGAAAAUUGAAGAAACUGAAUAUUUGAAAAUUGAAGAUUUAAACAUCCAUGCUCACGGUCCAACUCUAAGGUAUCCACAACCUGGCUGGGUGGAAUGUAAUCCUAUGUCAAUCUUAACUCACGUCGUACAAUGUUUCGGUUCAGCUUUAAACUCAUUGGAUUCGUUAAAUAUAACAAGACAAAUUCAUGGAUUACCCCUCUAUAAAGUUUAUUGUAUUGGUAUUGCAAAUAUGAGAGAAACUACAAUCGUGUGGUCCAAAAAAUCGGGUUUACCCGUAUGUGAAUACGGUAUUGUCUGGAAUGAUAGUAGAAAUGCAUCUAUUAUCAAUGAGGAAAAGAGAACGACUUCAAAAGAAAUGCAAGACAUGUUAAUGGAAAAAACUGGGUUACCAUUAUCUACAUAUUUUUCUUGCUCAAAAUUGCGUUGGUUCCUAGAUAAUGUCCCUACUGUUAAAAAAGCCUACGAUGAAGGUGAUCUGAUGUUCGGUACAGUUGAUACAUGGUUAAUCUAUCAUUUGACUAAAGGUAAUACUUUUGUGUCCGAUGCAACAAAUGCUUCAAGAACUGGGUUCAUGAAUUUGGACACUUUAGAUUAUGAUAGGGAACUAUUCGAAUUUUGGGAUAUUGAUAUGGAGAAAAUCAAUUUACCAAAGAUUGUAUCCUCUGCUGAAUAUUUUGGUGAUUUUGUCAUUCCACAAUUUGUAGAAAAGAUGGUGCCAAAACCUAUAUUACAUCAAUUACAAGAGUUUUCCUCUCAAAAUAUUCCAAUUCAAGGUUGUUUAGGUGAUCAAAGUGCUUCUUUAGUUGGGCAAAUGGCUUACAAGAAAGGUGCCGCUAAAUGUACCUAUGGGACGGGUUGUUUCUUGCUAUAUAAUACUGGUACAAGUAGGCUGGCGUCAAAGCAUGGUGCAUUGACAACAAUUGGUUUCUGGUUCCCAUAUUUAAAGGAUAAUGACCAUGGUGUUAAUAAACCAAAUUUUGCAUUGGAAGGUUCCGUUGCAGUCGCAGGUGCUGUUGUUCAAUGGUUAAGGGAUAAUUUGAGAUUAUUCUCCAGGGCCGAAGAAGUUGGUCCAUUGGCAAGUAGGGUUCCUGAUUCUGGUGGUGUCGUCUUUGUUCCAGCUUUCAGCGGUUUGUUUGCUCCUUACUGGGAUGCAGACGCAAGAGCCACAAUUAUGGGCAUGUCACAAUAUACUACUGCUUCGCAUAUUGCCAGAGCUGCCGUUGAAGGUGUUUGUUUCCAAGCACGUGCAAUCUUAAAAGCAAUGAGUUCAGAUGCCUAUGAAGGUGAAAUUAAUGAUGAUAUUGAUUUGUUAGAAGAAAGUAACAGUGGUAACUACGAGAGAGCAGCAUUUUCAGUGUUAGCUGUCGAUGGUGGUAUGUCACGUUCGAAUGAGGUCAUGCAAAUACAAGCAGAUAUCUUAGGACCAUGCAUUAAAGUUAGAAGAUCGCCAGUAGCGGAAUCCACAGCUCUUGGUGCUGCUAUUGCGGCUAAUAUGGCUUACAAGAACGAAGAAGAUCGUAUUUUAUGGAAAGAUUUACAUGAUGUUAAGAAAUGGGUCUUUUUCAAUGGUUACGAUAAAGGUGAAGAAAUUCCUGAAGAUCAACAUCAAAACUUGAGAGUUUUUGAGGCUGAAAUUCCAGAUGAAGAAAGAAGGAGACAUUGGAAGUUAUGGGAAACAGCCAUUCAAAGAUCAAAGGGUUGGUUAAGGGAUGUCCAGGGCGAGCACACCCCGGUCUUUGAGGAAAGUAGAGAAGGUAUAGAUGACGAGAGUUAA